UAGUAUUGAUGUACGGAAAUCAAACUCUUACGUCUUCCUAAGAUAAAGAUAACUUCAUGUUGUGUCAUUAAUUUCUGAGACUGAGGUUAAGUCUCAGACCUGAGCAGCUGGCCAGCAGCAAUGGGGGAGAAGAAAGUUGUGACAAUGGUGUUGAAGGUUGAUCUUCAGUGUGAGAAGUGCUACAGGAAAGUGAAGAAAGUGCUUUGUAGUUUCCCUCAAAUACAAGACCAGGUGUAUGACGAGAAGCAGAACACAGUGACGAUCAAAGUGGUGUGUUGCAGUCCUGAGAAGAUCAAGCAAAAGUUAUGCUGCAAAGGUAUUAAAUUUUAUUGUCCACCGCCACCACCACGGACACCGCCACCGCCACCGCCACCUCCACCCCCAGUGUGUUGCGGGAAAUGCCAAACCCCACCCCCAGUGUGUUGCGGGAAAUGCCAACCCCCACCCCCAGUGUGUUGCGGGAAAUGCUACCUGGAGAUAGUGUGUUGCAGCGUAUGCUACCAUGAACCGCUGAUAUGCUAUGGUGGAUACUACGGGAGACCGGUUUAUGAUAGCUGGGGUGGUGGCAGUGGCGGUGGAUGCCGAAUAAUGUGAAAAUUAAUGGAGGUUAAUUGCAUGCAUCAUUUGUCGCUGUGUUGAAGAUAUAGCUCACUUGUGAUGGUGGGCAUUUGGGUGGCCUAUGGUUUGGUUCUUAGUACAAAAUUAUUGUACAAGAGAAUAA